GAUGGCGGACGUGCUCAGCGUCCUGCGACAGUACAACAUCCAGAAGAAGGAGAUUGUGGUGAAGGGGGACGAAGUGAUCUUCGGCGAGUUCUCCUGGCCCAAGAACGUGAAGACCAACUAUGUGGUUUGGGGGACUGGAAAGGAAGGCCAACCCAGAGAGUACUACACAUUGGAUUCUAUCCUAUUUCUGCUUAAUAAUGUGCACCUGUCUCAUCCAGUUUAUGUCCGACGUGCAGCUACUGAAAAUAUUCCUGUGGUUAGAAGACCUGACCGAAAAGAUCUACUUGGAUAUCUUAAUGGUGAAGCAUCAACAUCGGCAAGUAUUGACAGAAGCGCCCCUCUAGAAAUAGGUCUUCAGAGAUCUACUCAAGUUAAACGAGCUGCAGAUGAAGUUUUGGCAGAAGCAAAAAAACCACGAAUUGAGGAUGAAGAGUGUGUACGCCUUGAUAAAGAGAGAUUGGCUGCUCGUUUGGAGGGUCACAAAGAAGGAAUUGUGCAGACUGAACAGAUCAGGUCUUUGUCUGAAGCUAUGUCAGUGGAAAAAAUUGCCGCAAUCAAAGCCAAAAUUAUGGCUAAGAAAAGAUCUACCAUCAAGACUGACUUAGAUGAUGACAUCACUGCCCUAAAACAGAGGAGUUUUGUGGACGCUGAAGUAGACGUGACCCGGGACAUUGUCAGCAGAGAGAGAGUGUGGAGGACGCGAACAACUAUCUUACAGAGCACGGGAAAGAAUUUUUCCAAGAACAUUUUUGCAAUUCUUCAGUCAGUAAAAGCCAGAGAGGAAGGGCGUGCACCUGAACAGCGACCGGCCCCAAAUGCAGCACCUGUGGAUCCCACGUUGCGUACCAAACAGCCUAUUCCAGCUGCCUACAACAGAUACGACCAGGAAAGGUUCAAAGGAAAAGAAGAAACGGAAGGCUUCAAAAUUGACACCAUGGGCACCUACCAUGGAAUGACACUGAAGUCUGUGACGGAAGGUGCGUCAGCCCGUAAGACACAGACUCCUGCAGCACAACCAGUACCAAGACCAGUUUCUCAAGCCAGACCUCCCCCAAAUCAGAAGAAAGGAUCUCGAACACCCAUUAUCAUAAUCCCUGCAGCUACCACCUCUUUAAUAACCAUGCUUAAUGCAAAGGACCUUCUACAGGACCUGAAAUUUGUCCCAUCAGAUGAAAAGAAGAAACAAGGCUGCCAACGAGAAAAUGAAACUCUCAUACAGAGAAGGAAAGACCAGAUGCAACCAGGGGGCACUGCAAUUAGUGUCACGGUUCCUUACAGAGUAGUAGACCAGCCCCUUAAACUAAUGCCGCAAGACUGGGACCGGGUCGUAGCAGUUUUUGUGCAGGGGCCUGCGUGGCAGUUCAAAGGUUGGCCGUGGCUUUUGCCUGAUGGAUCACCGGUUGACAUAUUUGCUAAAAUUAAAGCCUUCCAUCUCAAAUAUGAUGAAGUUCGUCUAGAUCCAAAUGUUCAGAAAUGGGAUGUAACAGUAUUAGAACUCAGCUAUCACAAACGUCAUCUGGAUAGACCAGUUUUCUUACGAUUCUGGGAAACGUUGGAUAGGUACAUGGUAAAGCACAAAUCCCACUUGAGAUUCUGAAUUUCUUGAUUUCUCCCUUUCCUGGAAAUCUGGAUUAAGAAGCAUGGAUAUACCUUGAUCUAAAGAUAGACUCAAGCUUUAUGAAUUUAUCAAGAACUUACAAAUGAAGAAGGUCACAGAUCGAUCUUUUAUAAAACCUUAUUUGAUGAUUUAUGCUUCAAAGGGAUGAUGCCCAUCAUCCAUAUAAGCAAAACUUUUUGGCUUACAACUAUUUUUUUAAUAUUAGCCUUCUAGUCUGUAAUGGAAAUUGUAUAUUUUGAUAGAAGUUUUUUCUCCAUUGGUUAAAUUAGCAUUACUUAAAAAUUUGUUUCUUUAGAAAAUAAAUGCAGGUUACAAAUGUGUGUAUAUUUAGAGGUUAUAAGGCUCUCUAAGCCAUCUUGCUUCUGAUUUUUCAUUGCUCUAGAAUUCCUUUUAUUGAAAAUACUAUGUUAUAAAUGAUAUCAAAUUUUAGUCUCUAGAACUUCCAAAACCAAGCAAAGGGAUGUGACUAUUUUGAAAGAUUCAAAACGUCAACCUGUAUGUGUACUAUAUCUAUACUUUCUCUUUAUUUAAAAAGGAAUAAUGAAAAAUCAAGAACAAUGCUUCAGCUUUGGUUGAACUGUUCAGCUUACUUCCUUACUUACAAUGAAUACAUUUAAUGAAUGUACAUUCUUCUCAUUGACUUUGGUAAUUUUAAAACUUAGAAUGAUAUAUUUCUAUCUGUGAUAUCUUUCCACUUGAAAAAUCUCAAAACACAGAUUAAAAACCUAAUAGGCUAUAGUACUUUUUAUUUUGGGAGCCAGAGUAUGAUUUGGGGGAAAGAAAUGUAUUAGUCUUACUGCAGUGUAACUUUAACUUCUUUAUCUUUUCUCAUAAGUCCACCCUUGAUUCUUAUUUUAUAUGGUAUAGGAUUUUGAGUCUUCUCUUUCUAGGCAUGUUCUUAUCUUCCAUUAUCCUUAAAUAUUGAUAAACUCUCCCAGACACCAAAGAACACAUUUGCUUAAUUAAGUGUCUGAACAGAAACAAGAUAAAAACACUGGUAUUUUUAUGUGUGUAUUCAAUAUCGUAUAAAAUAUAAAACCUAUAUUUUAACUUAGUAAAAUAUUUUCCUACUUCUGUACUCAAGACAGAGGGUUGCACCCAAGGUACAAUGAAUGAGCGUUUUUCUUGAGUCUUGAUUCCACCUUUUAUUCUUAAGAGCAACUUGGAACCUUUAGUCCCCUAAAGAGUUUUUGCUAUUAGAAUUGUUGCUGAUCAUUCAUCUUACGUCAUUUCCCCCACAGUGAUCUCUCUUAGGUUAACAUAUUUUUGGUAAACAUUUAGCUGCUUCUUAUGUUAAGCUGAUAUUUCCUAGCCUCAUUUUGAAAUUUAAUGCUAUCAUAAAAAGUGAGAAGCACUUAUUAUUUAUUUUUUAAGUAACCGCAAAAGUCCAUGCCAAUAAUGAACAGAAAAAGUAUUUAUUCAUAAUGGAAUUCACUAGGUUCUUCAGGAAAAAAGCAGUCAGCAUUUUAAAUGAUUAGAUUUUAGGAAAUUUGUAAGGUUUGAACAGAUUCUGCCCCCCUCUUUCUUCCCUUUGCUGCACCCUCUCGAAAAUAAAAGAAAACUCAAAUUUGUUCACAUUGGAAUUUCUCAGCAUAUAAAUCUGUUUUCAAAGUAAAUUAUGUAUUGUAUAGACUUCCUCCACGAUGAAAUGGUCAAGGAGAAGGAUCCGUAAUGUUUUAAUGUAAGGUUACUUGUUAAGACUACUACAAGUGGACAUGAACUACCUUUCUAUAAAGAUUUUUAGUAUUUAUACUUAUGUAUUAAAUUUACUUUUACAGAAUGUGGUUAAAAUUGGGAACAUCUACUUUAACAGGGUUUAUUUUUCUAUCUUGAAUUUGCCUUACGUGUAUUCAAAGGCUCUGGAAAUAACAUUAGGAAAAGUGCAGAUAUGCUGUUUCAUGUAUUUUAAAAUCAGACCCAUGGUAUGUACUUAAUUUCUUUGUCUUUUUUUCUUUUCCAAGUUCAUUCCCUUCUUUAGGUCCAUGUAAUUCAUUUUAUAGCCAUUAAUUCUAAGGGAAAAAUAAAACACUUUCAGACAAUCACUCUUCAUUCCCCCAUGACUCCAAGUCCUGUAUCAUCACCUGGCACAGUGCCUUGCACAUAAUAGGCAUUCAGUAAAUAUUUAUGUUCAUGAAUCAUAGAUUUUCAGUGUAACUGAUUUAUUACAAAAAAGUACUCUUUGACUUUACUUGGUCUUGGAGUUUAAAAAUACAGAAUUAUAGGGAAUGAAGAGUCCAAUGCAGAUAUUUUAAUGGAAAUCAAGUAGAUAUUAAUAAACUUAACUUACCCAUAAGUAACUGGAGACACCUUUGUCUUGCCCCACCGGUAAAAGAAAGCUCCCUUUUUUUUUAUUCAUUGGACACCUUGCUGAGUCAGGGAACAGUGAGAUGCUUGUGGUUUUCAGUCAGCAGCUCUCCACCCUAACUGUACAUUACACUCAUCUGGGGACCUUUAAAAAAUUCUGUUGCCUGAAUCCUGUUUCUCAUUUAAUUUGUCUGGGAUGAGACCUGUUCAUCAGUAUUUUUUAAAAAGUUCUUCAGGUAAUUUUAUAUUCAGAAAAGAUUGAGACUCACUGGUUAAAUUUGUUAUGAAAACAAUACCAGUAUUAAAUGUUGUGUCAUCUUCUCUCUCUCUCUCUUCUUUUUUUUUUUUUUGUGGCCACCUUUUUGCACUAGACCAUCCCCAUUAUCGGUGGUAUUGGCCUAUAGUUCCACAUGACAAAUUCAAGUCUUAUUUAUUUAAUAUAGGAAUAUUUUGUUGUUUAAUAUUUAAACAAUGUUUAAUAUAUUUCAUUAUAAACUAGUAUUAUGGUUUAUGAUUUGUUUCCCAUGUGUCCAUAUCCUUUACUAACUUUUUUGUUUUAACAGCAGCAUGACAACAGUCCAUACAGAAAUAACUAAUUCAUAAUGAGGAAGAUUUCAUAGCUAAUUUUUAAGGUAGAAGGAGGUAGAGUAUUAAUUUCUUAUCUGCCAUGCAGAAUUAGAUGAGUAGAGUUUGCUUAUGAACAGAAAGAGGCAUACUUUUUAAUUGGUCUACACAGAAAAGUAAAAGUAAAUUAUUCAUUUAAAUAAAAUUCAUUAUCUAAUAAACAUUGAAGGAAAUAUUUUUCCGAAAUAAAAAAUUUUGUGACUCUUAAUGAAAUUAAAGUGAUGACAUUGUUCUUUUUUGGAGGGUGGGGAAGGGGUAUUUAGUUGCCAUAUUUCUUACUAUAUAACAAUUCCAUUUUAUUGGUGUCAGAGUAAACAGUAAUGGUUAAAACUAACAGUAAUGCUGAUGUAGAAUUUACAUAUGUGGCCAGAAAUAAAGCGCCACUUCGCUGUAUAGCUCUUACCUGAGUCUCUGUUGUCGAACUAAUUAGUUUAUAAAAUUCUUUGAGACAGCCAACGGUAUAUUUUAUAAUAUUACAAAUACAAGAAUUACAAAAGCUGGUCAAUAUUAAGACAUGAAAAAUAAAUUCAAUUGCAUUAGCCUUAA